AUGAGCAAAGAAACAGAUAAUCCAACAAUAAACGAUGCCAUUUUAGAACCAGCUGAUGCUGACUAUAGAUUUUCAGCUAAGGUGAUGUUAAUCAGCAUGCCAACAUUAGAAUCUCUGUACCAGAAAUGUGGUUUAACUAAGGUUGACGAAAAGGACAAACGUACUAGCAAAUCGCCGUUACAUCCCACACGUUUAAUCAAAUUUCUUGUUGGCCAGAAAGGAAAAGGAGGUGAAAACUUUGCUAUAGGUGGCCCCUGGAGCCCUUCAUUGGAUGGCGAAAAUCCUCAAUCAGAUCCUGGAGUGUUGGUUAAGACUGCUAUACGAACAUGCAAGGCUCUCACUGGCAUUGACUUGUCCACUUGUACACAAUGGUACCGAGUGGUGGAGUUUUACUACUGGCGAGAAGGCAGCGGUGGAAAAUCGAGACUCGAGUGUGUGGUGUUGUUCCUGCCAGACGUGUGGUCGGCGCAGCCGUCGCGUAUCGAGUGGACAACGGUUCAGGAGCGAUAUAAAACGGCGUGUGAAGCAACGUUAAGGAGACUCGAGGGCGUCGAGCAACAGCCUGACGCCGAGAUCGACGCGUCGGAGCCGGUUAACGACGAUCCAGCGGAGAAAUCCCAAAUUGAAGCAACCGUUGACGAUGAUCGCACAAUAACAAUUGAUGAAAAUGAUGAGGAUGAAGAGGCCAAACCAGAACCGACACAUUACACUAAAAUUGAUCUAAAAACAAUCAAAGUUGAUCAGUUGCGACAAGAAUUGCGAGCUCGUAAUGCUAGCACAAAAGGUCUUAAGGCACAACUUGUACCUCGUUUGGCAAAAAUUCUGAAAGCUGAAGAGGAAAAGGAAGGCAAGGAUGACGAUAUCAUGGAGUUAGAAGAUGAUGAAGCAGAACAAAUCACGGAAAAUGUUGAUGAACCUAAAAAUGAUGGAAAAGAAGGUACUAUUACUGAAAAUGACAUUAAAGAAGUUUCAUUGGAAAAUGAUGUUGAGGAAAUUGAACAAGAGUCUAAAAAAACGGAAGAAAAUGGUAAGCCUGAGGAAAAGGAAGUCGCGAGUAUAGAACCGAAAAGCGAAAAGGAGUUAGAAGAGGAGAAAAAAAGGCUGGAAAAAGAAAAGAUAGCCAUAAGAGCACGAUAUGAGUUGCCUUCUCUACCGCAUAUUAUUGUACAUCCAUCAGCUACAGCUAAAAAUGGAAAAUUCAACUGCAAUGUUGCUACACUUUCUCUUUUAUUAGAUUAUCGAAUAACGGACAACAAAGAGCAUAGUUUUGAGCUAUUCGUGUUUGCGGAACUGUUCAAUGAAAUGCUCAUGCGAGACUUCGGUUUCUACAUUUACAAAACGCUUUAUACCCUGCCUGAGAAAACUGACGAGAUAAAAGACAAGGACAAGAUCGAAGAUAAGGGUGAGAAAAAAGUUGAUCUAGACAAAAAAGAGGACAAAAAAGACGAAAAGAAGGACGAUAAGCGUGAAGACAAGCGAGAUACACGUAAACGAGAUAGAAAAGACUCGCACAGCGAUGAUGAGCGUAGCAGCUCUCCAAAACGUAGAAGCCGUGGAGUAGAGUUACCUCCUGACCCAUAUUUGUUACUAUCGCUUGUUUACUUUGACACAUCUAGAUGUGGAAAUAUAACUAAGAAAGAUCUUCAGAUUCUCUUUAUGAGUCUGGGACUUCAACUAUCCCGAUCACAAAUACGUGCUGUACUUGAAAAAGUGUGCAUUAAAGACUCCUUCAGCUACAAAACACUUAUUCAAGCAAUCAAAGAUUUGGCUUCAGGAUCAACAGAUGCUAUGCAAGACAUGCCUCUUGACACAACAAUUGACACCAAGGAAGUUCCACCUCAUAUUGCAGAAUUGGAAGCAACAAUUGCAGCAGGUAACCGAGAAUUACUACCAUUGUUUGGCAAAUCAACUGAUGAAGAGGGAAAAGUGAAAUCAGAUACAACAGAUGUCAGUGAUACGGGUAUAGUCAUGUACAAAUCCAGAGUGGUUGAUGUUGAGGCCUUGGUAGAACAGGCGUCCAGGGCGGCCGGAGAGCGGGCUAGACUCGAAACUGCGAUAGAAAACCUUAAGACCGCAUUGAAAGCAGCCCGCGCUACUGCCGCAUUUACCCAGCAGGCCGAGAGAGGAGCACAAAGCCAAUUAUGCGACCUCAAUGCCCAGCUUGCAGCAUCUAAAGCUCGGGUCACCUCCCUCAUGGCCAGUUCAAAAAUUUUCCAUUCAACAUUGAAGAGUAUCCAGGCCAAAGUGGAAGCUGUGGUAAACAUAAAGUAUGAUGAUGAUGAUGUAGUUGAGGUUGUUAAUGGCCCCGUUAAGGAAGAAAAAGACACAAAUGUUGAAAAGGAAAAAGUGGACACUGUUGAUAAAGAGGCAACAGAAGGAAAGCAAUCUAUUGAUAAGUUCAAUGAAGCUGAUAUAAAGGACAAAGAAAAUGAUAUUACGACAAUGGAAAAUAUGGAGAUUGAUGACAAAGAA